UCAGCCGUAAGGAAGCUGCUGUCGUAAAAGGACGUCCGGUCCGUCUCCUAGUGUCCGGAACCGGCUGUCAGCCUUCCUGGCUGUUAGUACCGUCUUUCCCGGAGUCCUGGUCCAGGAGUUGGUUUUACUGCUGUCGCGGGUGGGCUUCACGCCAUUCCCUGUCCCUCGGCCCCCUGAGUGAGUCCGGUCUCCCGGCGAAAGUGAGCGAGGUUUGCCCGGAGCGCGCACGAGGGGAAAAUGCCUAAAAAAAAGACUGGUGCGAGGAAGAAGGCUGAGAACCGCCGAGAACGUGAAAAACAACUAAGAGCAUCAAGAAGCACUAUAGAUUUAGCUAAACAUCCAUGUAAUGCCUCAAUGGAAUGUGACAAGUGUCAGAGGCGGCAGAAGAAUAGAGCAUUUUGCUACUUUUGUAAUUCUGUACAGAAGUUACCAAUUUGUGCACAGUGUGGGAAAACAAAGUGCAUGAUGAAGUCUUCAGACUGUGUCAUAAAGCAUGCUGGUGUAUACAGUACUGGCCUUGCAAUGGUGGGUGCAAUAUGUGACUUCUGUGAAGCUUGGGUUUGCCAUGGUAGGAAAUGUCUCAGUACACAUGCCUGUGCCUGCCCUCUUACCGAUGCUGAGUGUGUUGAAUGUGAACGAGGCGUGUGGGACCAUGGAGGCAGAAUAUUCAGUUGUUCUUUUUGCCAUAACUUUCUCUGUGAAGAUGAUCAAUUUGAGCAUCAAGCCAGCUGCCAGGUUUUAGAGGCAGAAACAUUUAAAUGUGUUUCAUGCAAUCGGCUUGGUCAGCACUCAUGUCUCCGUUGUAAGGCUUGUUUCUGUGAUGAUCAUACAAGGAGCAAAGUGUUUAAGCAAGAAAAAGGAAAACAGCCUCCUUGUCCUAAAUGUGGGCAUGAAACUCAGGAGACUAAGGACCUUAGCAUGUCAACACGCUCCCUGAAAUUUGGCAGGCAGACUGGAGGUGAAGAGGGAGAUGGAGCUUCUGGGUAUGAUGCUUAUUGGAAGAACCUUUCAUCUGAUAAGUAUGGUGAUACUAGCUACCACGAUGAGGAGGAGGAUGAGUAUGAAGCAGAGGAUGAUGAAGAGGAAGAAGAUGAAGGCAGAAAGGAUUCAGACACUGAGUCAUCAGAUUUGUUUACUAAUUUGAAUUUAGGAAGGACCUAUGCUAGUGGCUAUGCUCACUAUGAGGAACAAGAGAACUAGGGGAGCUGCUCUGGUGGCCGUGUGUGAGAGGAGCAGGAGUGAUGUGUGUGCUUGAUGAAUUGUAUGUGGUUGUUCAAAAGUACCUUAGCCACUUAGCCUUGUGCAGAAGACUAGUUACACUUAAUGGGCCAAGCAAUAGGGUGUAGCGUUUUUAUAGAACUGAUAAUCAGGCUUAUGGCAUAAGAAAAAUGAGUUUCAAAUUUAAGAUGUUUAUUGAUCGAAGCAAUUGAAGUAUCAUGGAUUGGAUUGUUACUGAUUUCAGUAAAGUUUGUUUUGCCAAUUAGAUACAUAUAUACAAGAUAAAGGAAUAGGAUGGUAAUAUAUUUGUUUGAAAUUAAAUUACUGUUUUUAUUAAAAAAUACUGCUUCGUUCAUUUGUCUGAUUUUGUAAAAUGUAAUGAGUAAAAUGAAUUACUGUAUUUUUCCUUUUAUGUCCACAGAAUGAGAGUCAUAUGUUAUUAUAUUCUAAAUUUUCAUUAAAUAUUCAUGUCACCUUGA